AUGGCUCACAGAAAUAUCUCAAAGUUGUUCGGUUCAACUUCACAAAGAUUGGGACUCUAUCGUGGAUUUGCUUCAGAAACAGGACCACAACCAUUGAACACUGACUUUUUGAAUAAGACUCCAGAGACCAGAGUAACCACAUUACCAAACGGUAUUCGUGUUGCUACUGAGCAAUCAUUCGGAGAGACUGCCAGCAUUGGUGUCUGGGUUGACUCUGGUAGUGUAUAUGAAAACGAAAAGAAUAAUGGUGUCGCUCACUUUUUGGAGCAUAUGAUCUUCAAGGGUACCGAGAAGCGUCCAUCACCACACUACAUCGAAACUGAAAUUGAAAACAUGGGUGGUAACCUCAAUGCUUUCACCUCUCGUGAGCACUCUGCAUACUACAUGAAGGUUCUUAAAGAGAACAUCCCAAAUGCUGUCGAUAUCCUCUCUGAUAUCUUACAAAACUCAAAAUUCGAACAAUCAAAUAUCGAUAAGGAACGUCAUGUUAUUUUAAGUGAAAUGCAAUAUGUACAAUCAAAGGAGGAAGAAGUUAUCUUUGAUCAAUUACAUGCUGCCGCCUUCCAAGGAUCAGCUUUGGGUCGUACAAUUUUAGGUCCAGUCGAGAACAUCAAUAAGAUCUCUCGUAACGAUAUCAAGGACUUUAUUUCACAAAACUACACUGGUCAACGUUUGGUCAUUGCUGCCGCCGGUGCUGUCAAUCACGAUAAAUUGGUCUCUGCCGUCAAGGAGAAGUUUGGAUCGAUCGCCGCUGGUGAACCAUCACUACGUUCCGCCAUCACAUCGGAUUUCGUCGGUUCCGAACUCAGAGUCCGUGACGACUCACUCCCAUUGGUCCACUUUGCCGUUGCCGUACGUGGUCUCCAAUGGAACCACCCAGACUACUUUGUCAUGGAGUUGAUCCAAACCAUGAUCGGUAACUGGAACCGUAACUUGGCCGGUGGAAAGAACCUCAUCUCGAACCUCGCCGAAGUUGUUGCCACCGAAGGAUUGGCCGAGUCAUACUCUACCUUCUUCACCUGCUACCAAGACACUGGUUUGUUUGGAAACUAUGGUGUUGCCGCCCCAGAGCGUGUCGACGAUUUGAUCUGUGAGAUGUUGAAGGAGUGGCAACGUAUUGCCAACUCUGCCAGCGAGACCGAGGUUGAGCGUAACAAGCAAAAGUUGUUGGCCAACACUUUGAUGCAAUACGACGGAACCUCACGUAUCUGUGAGAAGAUUGGUUUGCAAAUGUUGACCUUGGGUCGUCGUUUGUCUGCCCACGAAAUCUACUUGCGUAUCACCGAAAUCACUGCUGCCGAUGUUCGUCGUGUUGCCUCACAAAUUUUGACCGAUGUAUCACCAGCUGUUACCGCUGUUGGUCCCACUGUAAACUUCCCAGACUACAAUUUCGUAAGAGGAUGGACAUAUUGGAACAGACUCUAA